AUGAACAGCAGCACGAAGCUGUGGCAGGGCAGCGCCCAGGGCAGCCACGUGCUGCCCAUGUUCCGCGGCUCCAUGGGGACGCUGCAGCAGCAGCUGUGCACGGGUGAGUUUGCCAUGUUCAAGCACAUUCUCAUGUUUGAGAGCGACUUCAUCCAGAUCAACAAGAGAGGAGAAAUGAUCGAUAUGCACAACAGUGUGCGAAUUGUCACGGUGGGCGUCGCAUACACCAGCCCUAACCUCACGAUACCUGACGUCCUGCUGCUGGCACGACCAGCUCUCAGCUGUGCUGUCUGCACCAAACACGAGCGGCACACCCGGGGAACGGGACUCAAGUCAGCAAAGACCUUAGAGCUGACCAGGCUGCUUCCUUUGAAGUUUGUAAGGUUGUCCAUCUACAGUCAUGAGAAAAAACAGCUCCAACUGAAGCUUGCCAGCGGCCACUCUUUUUACCUACAAUUAUGCCCCCCUCCAAAUGCAAAAGAAGAUGUGUUUGCACACUGGGAAGACUUGGUGCUCUUCCUGAGACCCCCAGUGGAGGCUUACAGUGGUACCCAGGCCGUACCAGCUUGUGACAUGAUGGACAUACCUGUGUUGGAGGCAGAGGACAGGAACAGCCCCGCUGCCAUGGAGCUCCAUGAAGGUGUCCAAGACCAGGUCAGCAUCAGAAGCCUUCACGUAGUCACUGAGGUGUCUGGGAUCACCUCUCUUGCUUAUACUGGUGGGGAAGGAAUUCAACAAGAUGCUUCACAAAACUACCCUGUGCUUAAGGACACACCGUCUUUCCUAACCCUAGCACCGCUAGGGCCUGACCAGGGGACAGUCCCAGGGACAGCAGCAGUAACACCCCAAGGCAGUGUGGGUGCAGUUGCAGGAGAAGAGAUGACCAGCAGACCUGUCACAGAGACCGUGGAAGGUCCAGGAACUGAGCCCUUACUCUCAGCCUCGCAGAGUAAAGACAAUAUGAGUAAACAGGAUGGAGGCCAGACAGUUCCCCAGAGCCAGGCUAAAGCCCCUAGGAAGAGAAAGGAAAAGGAGAAAACUUCCACCAUAAGGCCUUCCCAGUUUGGUAAGAAGGGGGAGGACAAGUCACCCCUAAAAUCCCGUGGAACCACUAAAAGAGCUCAGAAGGAGAAAUACCAGAGCAGCCCAGAGGGCCAAGAAUGCGGCUCCUCCCCCCAGGAAUACAACAGCCUCGGGGUCACCCAAAAGGGGACUAGAUCUCAAAAACUGAGGAGGAGCUGA